GGCCUUUGUAGGUUGUCUCCGUUGUCUCAUAUCUAUUUUUAUCUGACACACAGUCGGUAACGAAUUAACUUGUCAUUUUAAGCCACGUUUUAGCGGUUUUGGGCAAGCAUAGUCGUACAUUUUGUUACAUUAAAGUUUAAAAUCGAUAUUAAAGAAACCUUACACGAGUUUUACUCGAAGAAUCUACUCGAAGAAAGCAUAGCAACCGUCAGUUACAAUCCUAAAAACCUUCUGUCAAACAACAUGGACCAACUUGAAGUAUCUACAAAAGAAACCAAGAGCCCCUGGGGCGCUCCUGCUCUGGCCCCUGCGCCCUGCUCUCUGGCUGAUGUAAUGAGUGAGCAACUGGCUCGGCAGCUGGACGAGGAGGGCAGUGCUUUAUCACAGUGCCCAGAUUUCAGUCCUGAGCUGGACCUGGCCGGCACAGGUGAAGCAGACACGGACAGCGACCUGAUUCUGGCCCAGAUGCUUCAGAUGCAGUUCGACCGCGAGUUUGAUACACAGCUGCGCAUAGAGGAGAAGAAGUUUAAUGGUGACAGUAAAGUCUCCAUAUCCUUUGAGAACUACCGCAUGGUUCAUCCCUAUGAGGACAGUGACAGCUCUGAGGAUGAGGUUGACUGGCAGGACACUCGCCAUGACCCAUACAGAGCUGUCAAACCAACAACGACUCCUAAAAAGGGCUUUGUUGGAAAGGGCAAGAACAUCACCACCAAACAUGACGAGGAGAUCUGCGGACGGAAGAACACUGCACGCAUGGACAAUUUUGCUCCAGAGGUGCAUGUGGGCGAUGGGAUCGGCAUGGACCUAAAACUCUCCAAUCAGGUGUACAACGCUCUGAAACGCCACUGUCAGACAGAGCAGCGGCGCAGCGCUCGGCUACAUGAGAAAAAGGAGCACUCCACUGCUGAACAAGCCGUGGACCCCAAGACCCGACUGCUUAUGUACAAAAUGGUGAAUGCUGGGAUACUGGAGAACAUCAAUGGCUGCAUCAGCACAGGAAAAGAGUCGGUGGUGUUUCAUGCUAAUGGAGGAAGCUUUGAAGAGAUGAUUGUUCCAGAAGAGUGUGUGCUCAAGGUUUUCAAGACCACCCUGAAUGAGUUCAAGAACAGAGAUAAAUAUAUUAAGGAUGAUUACCGCUUCAAAGACCGCUUCAGCAAGUUAAAUCCUCGCAAAAUCAUCCGCCUGUGGGCUGAGAAGGAGAUGCACAACCUCACCAGGAUAAAGAAAGCAGGGAUCCCGUGCCCGGAGGUGGUGAUUCUGAAGAAGCAUAUCCUUGUGAUGUCUUUCAUCGGGAAGGACCACGUUCCUGCGCCUAAACUAAAGGAUGCCAUUCUGAACUCUGAGGAUAUGAAGAAUGCGUACUACCAAGUGCUAAAUAUGAUGCAGCGACUUUAUCAGGACUGUAACCUGGUUCAUGCUGAUCUGAGUGAAUACAACAUGCUCUGGCAUGAUAGACAGGUGUGGUUUAUUGAUGUGAGUCAGUCUAUAGAGCCGACUCAUCCUCACGGUCUUGAGUUCCUCUUCCGGGACUGCAGGAAUGUGGCCACAUUUUUCCAGAAAGCUGGCGUAGCUGAAGCUUUCAAUGUGUUUGAGCUCUUCAACACCGUAUCUGGACUGCAGAUUAACAGCGAUAAUGAGGCUGAUUUCUUAGCCCAGAUCGAAGCCCUGGAGAAAAGAAACGAAGACCACGUGCAGAAAUCUGGCAAGAAAAUCUUCAGCGACACUUACGAAGGCAGUCCACCUCAAUUAAACACUGACGAUGAUUAACACAAACACAAUAGC